AUGUCCUUGUCGAACUCGCAGAUUUUGACUGCCCAUGAUGCUCUAAACGAGCUGGAUGACCGUCAUAUCCUCAGCAUCAAGCCCCUUAUUCCCCCCCAGAUCCUCAUGGAGGACUACCCUCUCCCUGUGGAUGCUGCUCAGACUGUUUUGAAAGGUCGUCACGACACUGAGGCGAUCCUCAAGAAGGAGCAGGAUCGUCUUAUUGUAGUGGUCGGUCCAUGCUCCGUGCAUGAUGUGCGUGCUGGUAUUGAGUACGCUAAGCGUCUUCGUGAAUAUGCCGACAAGGUUCAGGACGAUCUGCAUAUUAUCAUGCGUGUCUACUUUGAAAAGCCUCGCACCACAGUUGGUUGGAAGGGUUUGAUCAAUGAUCCGGAUCUGGACGGCUCCUACAAUAUCAACAAGGGUCUGCGACUCGCCCGUGGUUUCCUUCUGGAGGUGACAAAGAUUGGUUUGCCUACGGCCACAGAGUUCCUUGAUGCGAUCAGUCCACAGUACACAGCUGACCUGAUUUCGUGGGGUGCCAUUGGUGCUCGCACUACCGAAUCGCAGGUGCACCGUGAGUUGACCAGUGGUCUGAGCAUGCCUGUAGGCUUCAAAAAUGGUACAGAUGGCUCUGUGCGCAUUGCUGUCGAUGCCAUCAAGUCGUCCUCUAGCUCGCACCACUUCCUUUCGGUUACAAAGCAGGGCAUCUCGGCAAUUGUGCAGACCAAGGGCAACCAGAUGUGCCAUGUCAUUUUGCGUGGUGCCAACUCUGGGCCCAACUACAGCAGCGAACAUGUGGAAAAUGCCAAGGCCGCUCUGGAGAAGGCCGGCCUCCCAUCGCGAAUCAUGAUUGACUGCAGCCAUGGCAACAGUGAAAAGAAGCAUCAGAACCAAAUUAAGGUAGUCGACAGCAUUGUGGAGCAGCUUUCGGCUGGCAAUGAGGCUUCUUGGAGCAUUAUGGGUGUUAUGCUGGAGAGCAACCUUGUGGAAGGUCGCCAGGAUGUGCCUGCAGAGGGCCCGCAAAAUCUGACGUAUGGUCAGUCGAUCACAGAUGCAUGCAUUAGCUGGGAGACCACGGUUGAGGCCCUUGAAAAGCUUCGUGCUGGUGUCCGUGCGCGUCGUGAAAAGUCGCCCUCGCACCUGCAGCCUGGCCAAAAAGUCAACGAUGGUGUCUUGGAGCCGGCUACGUCCAAGGUGGGCUUUAACGAUGCUGCGCUUGCAACGCUGGGUAAGUAA